AAAGAGAAAUCCAAAGCCGCGGAAUCCUCCAAGCCUCGACAAGGGCCCACAGAUGAAGCCCAGAUGGCAGCGGCUGCAGCGUUGGCCCGGCUGGAGCAGAAGCCGAAGCCCCGGGCACUGUCGUCCCAGGAUGCAAUCAGGAAUCAGGUGAAAAAGGAGCUAAUGAACGAAGCUGCUGCAAGCGACAAGGAAGCGCCUUUGGAUGAAAAGAGUUCCUUGCCUGCUGUUGAGGAAGACUCGGCCACCCUCUCUGUCUCUGGCGUCUACUUCAUUUGCCCGUUAACGGGGUCCUGUGUCAGGAAAGACAAAAAGGAGGCCCACAUCCGCGAAGCCAUCCAACAGCACGCUUCCCAGGACCCCGUGGGCGCGUCCAUCAUGGAGAUCCACACUUUGAAUCGGGACAGGGAGAAAGUCAAGCUCGGGGUGGAGACCAUGGUCAAGUACCUCGAUAACAUCCAUCUCCACCCUGAGGAAGAGAAGUAUCGGAAAAUCAAACUUCAGAACAAAGUGUUUCAGGAAAGGAUCCGCCCUCUGGAGGGGGCAGACAGGUUUUUUGAAGCUGUGGGAUUUGAAAAGAUGACCUUGAGCGUUCCAGGGCAAGAGGAUCUGGAGGACUUCUACGUGCUGAAGGAAGAGGCCCUGGAGAAACUGGGCAGCCUCAAGGAGUACAAGGAGCAGCUGCUGAAUGCCGCGCCGGUGAGAGCCCAGCUGGACCGCCAGCUCCGCGUUUUCAAGCCGUCCCCCCGGGCCUCCCACUUUGAGCUGCCCAGCGACUUCUUCAACCUCACCACCGAGGAGCUGAUGCGGGAGCGGCGACUCCGGGCAGAAGCGGUUGAGAAGGCCUCCAUGCUGCGAACGAAGGCCAUGCGGGAGAGAGAAGGGCAAAGAGAGAUGAAGAAAUACAACUACACACUCCUGCGGGUCCGUUUCCCCGACGGGUACAUCCUGCAAGGUAAACGGGGUGACUUGCUUCUGUUUCCUGUCCUGUCCCCAAGGGCAGAUCUGCCCAUCCUGGUUUUAACCGCCGUCUUCCCAGAAACUGUGCCGUCUGCGCUCCUGACGUUGACGGGGGAUGAAGACAUCAUGGCCGACAUAAAAGAGCAGAUGGGCUGCUUGCUGAAACCGGACCUCCUCUCAGACGUACAGAUUCUGUCCUGA